UUCCCCCUUCUGCGGGUCUUUGCUCAGUGCCCUCCAGUGUCCAGACCGGGCGGGGUGCCAGAGUGGGCCGGGCUGCGCGCUGGCUGGCGGGCGGAGGCGGCCUAGACGCGCCGUGCCGAGCGAGCCGGGGAAGCUCGGAGCCAGCGGGAGACGCAGGCCUCCUUCCCUCCGGGCCACGGCGACGGGCACCAGGGCCUAGGCAACCUGGGAAAGAAAGUGGCUCUAAGUGUUCCAGGCUCCAGUUUUCCUAGGAUGAGGUGGGGCUGCCAUUUGCCCAGGACCUCUUGGGGCUCUGGCCUGGGAAGAACACCCCAGCUACCAGAUGAGCAUAUCUCCUUCUUGAUCCAGUGGAGCUGGCCCUUUAAAGGGGUGCAUCCCCUGAGGCCCCCUAGGGCCUUUAUCCGUUACCAUGGAAACUCGGCAGACAGUGCUCCCCCACCAGGGAGGCAUGGGCAGCUGUUCAGGAGCAUCUCUGCCACAGAAGCUAUCCAAAGGCAUCGCCGGAACCUCACCGAGUGGUUUAGCCGACUGCCCAGAGAGGAGCGCCAGUUUGGACCAACCUUUGCUCUAGACACAGUUCAUGUUGACCCCGUGAUCCGAGAGAGCACCCCAGAUGAGCUGCUUCGCCCGUCCACGGAGCUGGCCACGGGGCAUCAGCAAACCCAGGCAGGGCUCCCCCCACUGGCCCUGUCUCAGCUUUUUGACCCGGAUUCUUGUGGGCGCCGCGUGCAGACCGUGGUGUUGUAUGGGACCGUGGGUACUGGCAAGAGCACGUUGGUACGGAAGAUGGUCUUAGACUGGUGUUACGGGAGACUGCCUGCCUUUGAGCUUCUCAUCCCCUUCUCCUGUGAGGACUUGUCAUCCCUGGGCUCCACCCCAGCUUCCCUGUGCCAACUUGUGACCCAGCGUUACACACCCCUGAAAGAGGUGUUGCCCCUGAUGACUGCUGCGGGAUCCCGCCUGCUCUUUGUGCUCCAUGGCUUGGAGCGCCUCAACCUUGACUUCCGGCUGGCAGGCACAGGGCUUUGCAGUGACCCGGAGGAACCCGGGCCACCAGCUGCCAUCAUAGUCAACCUGCUGCGCAAAUACAUGCUUCCCGAGGCCAGCAUUCUGGUAACCACCCGGCCUUCCACCAUUAGCCGAAUCCCUAGCAAGUAUGUGGGCCGCUAUGGUGAGAUCUGUGGCUUCUCUGAUACCAACCUGCAGAAGCUCUACUUCCAGCUCCGCCUUAACCAGCCUGACUGUGGGUACGGUGCUGGGGGUGCCAGUGUCUCAGUCACACCAGCUCAGCGCGACAACCUGAUUCAAAUGCUCUCCCGGAACCUGGAGGGGCACCACCAGAUUGCCGCAGCCUGCUUUCUGCCUUCCUAUUGCUGGCUUGUCUGUGCUACUUUGCACUUCCUGCAUGCUCCCACACCUGCUGGUCAGACCCUCACAAGCAUCUAUACCAGCUUUCUACGCCUGAACUUCAGUGGGGAAACACUGGACAGCACCCACACGUCCAAUCUAUCCCUGAUGUCCUAUGCAGCCCGGACUAUGGGCAAGCUGGCCUACGAGGGCGUGUCAUCCCGAAAGACCUACUUCUCUGAAGAGGAUGUCCGUGGCUGCCUGGAAGCUGGCAUCAAGACAGAGGAAGAGUUUCAACUGCUUCAGAUCUUCCGCAGGGACGCCCUGAGGUUUUUCCUGGCCCCGUGUGUGGAACCAGGGCACCUGGGUACCUUCGUGUUCACCGUGCCCGCCAUGCAGGAGUAUCUGGCUGCCCUCUACAUCGUGCUUGGUUUGCGCAAGACAGCCCUGCAGCGGGUGGGCAAAGAAGUGGUUGAAUUUGUGGGCCGUGUUGGGGAAGAUGUCAGCCUGGUAUUGGGCAUUGUGGCCAAGCUGUUGCCCCUGCGGAUUCUGCCUCUGCUCUUCAACUUGCUCAAGGUAGUUCCGCGAGUGUUUGGGCGCAUGGUGAGUAAGAGCCGGGAGGCAGUGGCCCAGGCCAUGGUGCUGGAGAUGUUCCGGGAGGAAGACUACUACAAUGACGAUGUUCUGGAUCAGAUGGGUGCCAGCAUCCUGGGUGUGGAGGGCCCCCGGCGCCACCCAGAUGAACCCUCUGAGGAUGAAGUCUUUGAGCUCUUCCCCAUGUUCAUGGGCGGACUUCUCUCUGCCCACAACCGGGCGGUGCUGGCUCAGCUUGGCUGUCCCAUCAAGAACCUGGAUGCCCUGGAGAAUGCCCAGGCCAUCAAGAAGAAGCUGGGGAAGCUGGGUCGGCAGGUGCUGCCCCCCUCGGAGCUUCUUGACCAUCUCUUCUUCCACUAUGAGUUCCAGAACCAGCGCUUCUCAGCUGAGGUGCUGGGCUCCCUACGCCAGCUCAAUUUAGCAGGGGUGCGCAUGACACCCCUCAAGUGCACAGUGGUAGCCUCUGUACUGGGAAGUGGAAGGCACCCCCUGGAUGAGGUGAACUUGGCCUCCUGCCAGCUGGAUCCCGCUGGGCUACACACUCUCAUGCCUGUCCUCCUGCGUGCCCGGAAACUGGGGUUGCAACUCAACAAUCUGGGCCCCGAGGCCUGCAGAGACCUCCGAGACCUGCUCUUACACGAUCAAUGCCAGAUCACCACUCUUAGGCUCUCCAACAACCCACUGACAGCAGCUGGUGUGGGCUUACUGAUGGACGGGCUGGCAGGAAACACUUCGGUGACACACCUGUCUCUGCUGCACACUGACCUUGGAGACGAGGGACUGGAACUGCUGGCUGCCCAGCUGGACCGAAACAAACAACUGCAGGAGCUGAACGUGGCCUACAACGGUGCUGGUGACACAGUGGCUCUGGCCUUGGCUAAGGCUGCUCGGGAGCACCCUUCCCUGGAGCUGCUGCACCUCUACUUCAAUGAGCUGAGUUCAGAGGGCCGCCAGGUCCUGCGGGAUUUGGGGGGCUCUGGUGAAGGUGGUGCCCGGGUCGUAGCCUCGCUGACAGAAGGGACGGCGGUGUCUGAGUACUGGUCAGUGAUCCUUAGUGAAGUCCAGCGCAACGUCCACAGCUGGGACCCGCUCCGGGUCCAGAGGCAUCUCAAGCUGCUGCUCCGUGAUCUGGAGGACAGCCGGGGCGCCACCCUUAAUCCCUGGCGCAAGGCUCAGCUUCUGCGAGUGGAGGGCGAGGUCAAGACUCUUCUGGAGCAGCUGGGAGGUUCUGGACACUGAGACAGUGACUGCUGUGACAGAGCUGUGGGACCACUGGCUCCCUCUGUGGCUUCCUGGCUUGUACAACUCCUUCCAGAAAGAUCCCUUUAAUUCUGCGGUCAAAGCAAUGGGUGAAACUGUGCUGCCCCCACCCCCAACAAGUCCAGCCUAGAGUUCCCAAGGUCAAAUGCGGUGAAUUGAUGUUGGACUUGGAUAUGGAACAUGUCACUUCUCCCUUAGCCUAGAAGGACUAAGGGUAUGGCACGUUAGUGGCCACAUUGCCCUGUGAUGCCACCGCCAGUCUUGCCUCUUCCUCCUCUGAUUGUGUUUGCUAUGCUGGGGGGUUCUGCCAGCCAGCAGAUGUACUGGACAGCUCUCCAUCCUGCCUUACGCUCACCUCUGGGCACAGAGUGCCCUCACACUGGUGCUUUCCCAGUCUCAAAUGCACAGGAUCGAUGGCUCCAAGGCUACUAGGGACAAGUGGGCCCACCUUGCUGCUAUUAAAAAGCCGUGUGUCUUCCACCCC